AAAACUCAAGCUGCUCCUAAUGUUCUUUUUAAUUCCUUGCCUAACUUUUUUUUUGGCUAAUAAUUCAUUAAAGCUCAACCUUUGAAAAGCUGACAGCUGGUUAUGCUUUCCGGGAAAGAUGCAGCUUGUGAUCAUUAAUGUUGGUUCUGAAGGUCAGACGCAACCCUUCUGACUCGCCACUUGAAUCUCAUCUGAUCUAUCCUGAAAAGGCUGGACUGACAUCUGAUUCGUGGAGCUUUUCUGUUAUUGCUUUGGCUCUAUCCUGCAAAGAUUACCGAAAUAAAAGGUCAGAGGAUCAAGUCCCGAUCAAAUCUCCAGCGUUGAUGUUGAUUGACGGUUGAGAUAGUCUACAGGUACGCCGUUCAUCGAGGAAAAUUUCAUUUAACCCCUUCGAAAUUUAUUUUACGUUCAAAAUACUCUCGACCGUUCAAAAAUUAUUUUGAAAAAUCACUUUUUGUAAACUCUGUCAAUAGACUUAACGAAAAGAUCACACGGCAAGGGUAUUUUAUUAGUGAUUAGGAGGUAAGUAGCAAAAGUACAAAAACGUGAAUGUUUUCUUGAGUCUCAAACUAGAAGGGUAUUUAUAAAAUAUAAAUUUUGAGAGGUAAAUUGAAAAGUUCCUUGCUAAUUAAUUGCACCGAGACAUCGCCUCACUCAUACGGCGGGUCGGCGACCAUCAAACGCUGCAGUCUCCGCCGCUGCCACCGCCUCCCUCCACCUCCUCUCCGCUCUGCACCGGAAUCCGAUGGUUCCCCACCACAGAGGCCGCCUCACCUCCUCCUCCUCCCGGAGGGACGUACUCUACUGCUGCGGCCACUGCGGCUACGCGUUGAACCUGAGCUCGUCGGAUCGCGACACCGCUAACAUCGGCGCAGAAUACGGGAAGUCCAUCAGGAAGGGCGUCGUCUCCUUCGCCGCCAUCGACGAGAGCCGGUUCACCCAUGCCGACGAGCUCCUCUGCCUGCCCUUCUUCCGCUCGCCCCGGUCCUGGGGCCUUCGCCGCCGCCGGACCCGCCUGCUCUGCCGCGGGUGCGGCCAUCUCAUCGGCACCUACGACAACGGCUCCGAUGCCGUUUCGUCGCCCUCGGGCGGAUCCUCGUCGGAGAGCAAUGACGCGGAGAACACUUCCGGGAGUUUCCGGCGCUACAAGAUCCGGAUCGGCACCUUGCAGCCCUCCGACGACGACGCAGGUGCUGCUUUCUUCUCUUGACGGAGGAGGAUGUUCCAUAAAGGCUCUCUUUGUCUAAGUAAGUAGUCUUGAAAGAUGUAUAUUCAAACGUUUCGGCCGUUCGUUUUUGCUAGUGUUAAUUUAUGUUCUUAGUAGUGUAAGAAAUCAUAUAAUUUGUUCACAAGUAAUAAUAAAAAUUUCACCUAUUUUGAUAAA